AUGGAGCAAGACCGACAACAAGCAGAUGUUUCUACUCCGGAACUCGAUGGCGAGGCUAUAGCUGUGUCUAAACAGCCCAAGAAGCGAUUCAUCGGACGUAGGGCUGCCGCAGAGAAGGCUGCGGCCAAAGGCGACACAAAUGCUGGAAUCGAAGACAGUGGUGCGAUUCAAGUCGCUGCACCUCGAAGGAGUGCCCGUGCCUUGAACCAAGUUCCUCCCGAGAUCCUGAACGAUCAAGACAUCAACGCUGCCAUUUCGCUUCUUCCCUCAAACUACAACUUCGAAAUACACAAGACCAUCCACAAAGUUCGCACCGCCGGAGCCAAGAAGAUUGCUUUGCAGUUCCCCGAAGGAUUGCUUCUGUUUGCGACAACCAUCUCAGACAUCAUCACGCGCUUCUGCCAGGAUACAAGUACCUUGAUCAUGGGAGACGUGACAUAUGGCGCAUGCUGCAUAGACGAUUACACGGCGCGCGCUCUGGGAUGUGACAUGCUGGUACACUAUGCCCACAGUUGUUUGAUCCCUGUCAGCGUGACGCAGAUCCAGACCUUGUACGUCUUUGUCGACAUUGGCAUAGACGUCUCACAUCUUCUGGCAACGAUCGAGCGCAAUUUCAAAGUGGGUUCCAGGAUUGCUAUGGUUGGCACAAUCCAGUUCAACGCGACACUGCACGGAACGGCACCACAGCUACGGAACGCGGGCUACGACGUGGUGAUACCGCAGAUUGCGCCGCUGAGCAAAGGCGAGAUUCUUGGUUGCACAAGCCCAGCGCUCAAGGACGAAGACAAGAUCGACUCGAUUCUAUAUCUGGGAGACGGACGCUUCCACCUGGAGAGCGCCAUGAUCCACAACCCGACGAUACCAGCAUACCGAUACGAUCCCUACUCAAGGAGGUUAACGCACGAGACAUACGACCACGAGCAGAUGAUGUCUCUCCGAAGUGAUGCUAUCAGAUCGGCAGGAAAAGCAAAGAAAUGGGGGCUGAUCCUGGGAUCGCUCGGAAGACAAGGAAACCCGCAUACAAUGACGAUGAUUGAACAACGGUUGCAAGAGAAGGGCAUACCAUGGGUGAACCUGCUGCUGAGCGAAAUCUUCCCGGGCAAGCUGGGCAUGAUGGACGACGUUGAGUGCUGGGUGCAGGUGGCAUGCCCUAGAUUGAGCAUUGAUUGGGGAUAUGCCUUCCCACGGCCGUUGUUGACGCCGUACGAGGCAUUGGUGGUGUUGGGUGAGCGAGAGGGAUGGGAAGGAGAUAAGAAGGUAUAUCCGAUGGACUUUUAUGGAAAGGAUGGUCUAGGCCGAACAAAGGCUGAGGACGUGGCAGCGAGGACGCGGGCAGUCCAGAGUGUCGCAUAG